AUGUUCAGCAGUAGCAGACGCUUCGAGUCUUCGAGCAAAAGCUUUUCCAAAGGACACAAAGUGUCGAAAUCAAGCUCCUCAUUCAGCCGGGACAGCGGUGUCAGCAAGAGACGCCAUGAGUCUCGUCAUCGAAGACCAACAACGGCUUCCACAGCCACAGCCAGUGAUGACACAGUCAUGGGCGGUAACAUGUCGUCUGCUAUUGUAACGCUGGUCGUCGGAUCUGAGCAACGACUGUUUGCCGCUCACGAAGAUGUUCUCUGCUCGAGUUCUUUCUUUAAUAACGCUCUUCGAAACACAUACAUGGACCCUUCUGCCAAGAAAAUCGCUCUUCCUGAUGAGGAGCCAGAAAUCUUCAGCUCGGUUCUCGAAUACUUGUACAAGGGAGACUACUUCCCACGACUGAUGCAUAACAAACGUCGCAAUUCUUGGGAACUAGAACCUGCAGACGCAGAACGUGCAAUCGAAAGCACAGUGUAUCAUCGUGGUAUUGAUGGUGACUUGCUUAAGGACACUGUCAUCUAUUGUGCUGCUGAAAAAUACGGCCUAGAUGAGCUCAAGAAAUUGGCUCUUCGGAAACAGGGCUUGCAAUCCGGCAUUCAGUGUAGCACCAUUUUGGCAUCUGCACGCUAUGCGUAUGCAAACACGCCAGACAGUGAUUCAAAACUGCGGGCUCACUAUUUGGCUCUUAUUAUUCGCUCUCGUAGCACUUUCAAGCGUAGCGGGACUAUGCAACUCGAAAUGUACAAUGGCGGGACUCAGCUUUUCUUCGACCUUUUCGUUGCCUUGUGCAACCACGUCGAUGAUAUCUCAUCUGCACAGUAA